AUGUUCACCAAAUUGCCAAAUGGGUUCUUAGUUAAACCAAUAUUUGAACAAUCUAAUACCUCUGAAAAGCUCAACCGUUGCAAAAAAAAAAAGAAGGCAAAGAAAUUCAGGAUCAUCACUGGCAUAGGUGAUGCCCUUCUGUUCCCUUCGGCUUCGUCGAUGAUCACCCGAUGGUUCCCACCGAAGGAAAGACCGUUUGCUGUGGGUUUUGUCACCGGUGGCAGACAGAUAGGAACCCUUUUGAUAUUACCGCUUGGCGGAUUAUUUUGUGAGCAUCCGGCAACAUUUGGAUGGCCAGCGAUCUUCUAUCUGUCUGCUGUUAUUGGCGUUGUGAUACUUAUUGUAUGGUUAUUUUUGUCUGCAGAUAAACCUUCAAAACAUUUUUUGGUUUCUAAGCCUGAAGAACGUUAUAUUACCCGAAAAAUCAACGAGGAGAAGCUUGGAAAGCGCACGGAUCGAGGCAAUCCACCUUGGGGUAAACUUGCUCGAUGUCUUCCAUUGUACGUGGCUGUCGCUGCACUAGUAUGCCACGAGUAUCCUCUCGUUAUUAUGCUUCAGCUUCUUCCGAAGUACUUUUCGGAUGUACUUGGUCUUUCAAAUGUCGUAAACGGUAUGAUCUCAUCGCUACCUUCGAUUGUUCUAUUCGUCUCCAAGACGUUUUCAUCUAUUCUGGCGUCGUUGCUCACAGCAAGGAAACCACCGCUUCUAGGACCCACAGCUUGUUGCAAACUUUUCAACUUUGUUGGCUCAUUGGGUCUUGCGAUUUGUGUGGGUAUGACCCCUUGGCUUGGAUCAAAUGGAAAUACGACAGCAGCAGUCGUUGUGCUAUGUUUAGCUAACGGUUUUGCUGGUAUGCACACACCCGGAGUGCAGACGGCUCUUGUGCAGAUAGCACCAGCCUACAGUGGUAUUGUGACGGGAAUUGCCUUUGCUGUUGUUGCCGUGUUUUCUAUUAUAAACAAAAUGAUCUCCAGUUAUAUAGUAUCGUCUGGAACGUCACGGGAAUGGGGAAUUGUGUUCGGCAUUUCCGCCGUCGUAGCAUUUUUGCCAGUGGUGUUCUUUACUCGAUGGGGUUCUGCCGAUAUUCAACCAUGGGCCAGUACACAAGGAGUUACACCUAAGCAAGAAGACUCACAAUCAAGUGAUUCAAUAUCACCAAUAUCACCUGAUGAUAAUGUAGCAAGGUCAUUGGCCAAAUGCAGCAUGUUUCUUUCCACAGAUCUUUCUCCAUCAUAA